GCACACAAACACCUCAUCGUCUCAUGCGCAGGUGUCUCGACGAAGCCGUCUUCAUGGUGCGCUUUCAUGACUUCAUUCUUUAGGAUGAAGAAUGUAAAGAUUUUACAUUUGCUACUGCUGUUUGUGUUUGUCCAUGCCGGCUUUGCACAAGCAGACUUUGCCCCCUACUUCUACGACAACGGACCUUACAGCCAAAAUGGAAACCUGGCUCUGUUCAGCCUCUCGGAGGACACGGCAGUCGGCACACAGAUCUAUUCACUCAACGGCACAGACCCUGAAGGCCAGAAGGUGAGCUACGGCCUUUCCUUUGAUCCCGGAGCCAAAGAGUACUUCAGUGUCGACCCAGUGUCAGGAAACAUCACAUUGGUGGAACAGCUAGACCGAGAGAAACAUGAUUCUAUUGAUGUCCAUGUCAGCAUCAGCGAUGGAAGAAGCCAGGUUGUGGAAAGAGUCACAAUAUUUGUAAUGGAUGCAAAUGAUGAAAAACCUGAGUUCCAAAACAUGCCAGCCAUCAUUAAUGUACUGGAAACAACAGAAUCUGGCAGCAGUAUCUACAGAGUCGAGGCAGUGGACCGAGACACAGGCUCAGGCGGCUCAGUCACCUACUACCUCCAGAAUCCUCAGUCCAUUUUGUUUUCCAUGGACAGAAACAGUGGUGUCCUCCGUUUGAAAUCAGGGGAAAUGUUGGACUUUGAAAAAACAAAGACACACUUUGUUACUGUCAUUGCAAAGGAUGGUGGAGGUAACUUUAAUGGCAAGGAGCAGUUCAUGUCAUCUUCUGCUACCCUGACGAUCAAUGUGAUUGACGUUCAGGACACGCCGCCAUCUUUUAUCGGGACACCGUACUUUGGCUACGUUUAUGAAGUCUCUGUUCCAGGGUCUGUGAUAUUCAUCGUAGAAGCAAAAGAUGGAGAUGUUGGAAACCCAAACCCAAUCAGAUAUUCCUUUGACGAGGGUGACGACGGUGUUUUUGGCAUCAAUAAAACGAGCGGUUUAAUCACCCUGCUGUCUCACCCCAUAAAUCUGAAGAGAGAAAUCUUCAACAUUAAAGUCAAGGCAUCAGAGGUGAGUCCUGAAGGUAGACUCAUGGACUAUGAGUUGACCACGUUGGUGAUCCGUGUGGUGGACCUGAACAAUAACCCGCCCACUUUCUACGGGGAAAAGGGCCCAAAGAAUAUUUUUGAGCUGACCAUGUAUGAACAUCCUCCAGAGGGAGAGAUCCUGCGCGGGCUAAGAAUCACCGUCAACGACUCCGAUCAGGGUGCUAAUGCGAAAUUCAAUCUGAGACUUAUCGGUCCAGGAAGGAUGCUGCGAGUCGUGCCUCAGACGGUACUCAAUGAGGCCCAAGUCACGAUCUUAGUUGAAGAUUCUGCUGCCAUGGACUACGAGAAACACCAUUUUCUCACAUAUAAGCUACUUGCAGUGGAGAUCGAUACUCCUGAGAGAUUCAGCGCCACAGCUGACAUUGUGAUUCAUCUGCUGGACACCAACGACAACGCUCCCAAAUUCUCUUCAGAUUACUACAUCGCCAGAAUUCCAGAAAACUCACCCGGCGGCUCCAAUGUGGUAUCAGUCACGGCAACAGACCCAGACUCAGGACCCUGGGGUGACGUGCAGUACUCAAUAUACGGAUCAGGGGCCGACUUGUUCCUGAUUCAGCCAACAACUGGGAUCAUCUACACCCAGCCGUGGGCGAGCCUGGACGCAGAGGUGAGGUCCAAGUAUAACUUCUAUGUGAAGGCGGAGGAUGCCGAGGGGAAGUACAGCCUGGCUGAGGUCUUUGUGACUGUGUUGGACCUGAACGACCACCCGCCUUCUUUCAAUGACAACUUCCUCGAGACCACCAUGGUGAUUGGAGCGCCAGUGAAAAUAGAGGCUGUAGACGAUGAUGCUGAGGUACCCAACAACGUCAUCGAGUACGCCAUCAUGAAAGCGGAGCCAGACAACAACAUCUUUGACAUUAACGCUGACACGGGGGAGAUCAUGCUCAAGUCCUACAUCAAGUCCAUGGCAAUCAUUCAGAACAUCACCAAGCAGAGCGACUGCACCUGGUCUCUGGUGGUCCAGGCCCGGGACCGAGGCCAGCCGUCCUUCAGCACCACCGCCGUCAUCAAGAUCGACGUCACUGAAGCUAUCAAAACCAGAUUUGUCUCGUACUUCUUGGACCUCAGGAGACAUCCAAAGUCUGUGUUUGGGAUUUGUUUGACUGUUGUCAUCUCCGCCGUUUCGCUCACAAUCUUCAUUUCCACUCUGUUAUACUGGUCCUCUGUGAAAAAGUCCCGCAUCCAUUCUCAGGGCAAGAUCAGAAAGAUUAUUAGGAGGCCGGCGCCAUAAGUGGAACUUGCCUUGAGAUCAUCUAAAUUAAACUAAACCAAACACUGUGGUAGGCAAGAAUUGGUAGCAAUUAAUUUUACCCUAGAGUAGUUUGUGGUAGAAUAAAGCUGUGUCUGUAAAAGAGUAUAGGAGCACGAUAUAAACAUAGUUACCUUGUUUCUUUUUUACCUGAAUGUUCUGCAUUUAGUUCUCAUAUUUUGAUGCGAGAAUUAAAGCAAAAAGAAAACAAACAUUUUGUUUUAUCUUCACAUCAAAUAAUGUCUUCAUUCUCAGAAGCUGGAUGAUCCCAGCUAUGGUCUUACUAACCAUCCUCUCUGAUCUUGUCUUGACAAAUAAAACACAAAAGCACAUGCAUGAAUUCAGUCAAACACUUCAUAAUCAAUCUGUUCAAUUUGCGAGACAUCCACCAGGACAAUGAAAUGUCACCAGUGUUUACAUUCAAACAGUCUACAGUGGUUAAUUUGCAGUGGAUUUUACACCAUUGUAUUUUGCACCACAAGUGAUAUUUCUAGCCAAAAGAUCAAAAACAUGCAUUUCUACACACACACAGACGAUACUUAAUUAUUCCUCUUUGUGUUAAAGGCUUUGAAUUCACACCCAUGGAUUUAUAUUCUCCCUGUGCUCUUUUACAGACCCAACUCAGUGGGGGGCCUUUGGGAUCAUUUUUGAUGCAGAGUAGAAACAAGCCCUUGCAAAUCGUAGCCUUGCUUGCUGGUGUCAUUUGUCUUAUGGUCAUAGUCACAGUCAUCAUCUCCACGGCAACAUUCA